CACCUUACUUAAGAAAUGGUGGGUGUGAACACAGCUGUAGAGAAAGCAGAUGUUGAGUCUCCCACAAUAAACUCCCAUGAUAUAAGUGCAGCACAACCCUCGACACUCAGCACUCACACAAUGGCACUCUGUUUACUUCUCCUUGCUGCUGCCCUGGCCUUCACUGCAGCCACUAAUGUAGAGGAUUGUGGCUCCACUGCAACCAUUAGUAACCUGAUAAUCACCGGCUGUGAUGUGCCUCCCUGCCACUUCCAGCGAGGCACGAAUAUAACAGUGGACAUUGACUUGAAGAAUAAUGAAGCCACCAGCAAGCUCACCACCAAAGUCACGGCAACCCUCGCUGGGGUAGAGGUGCCAUGGACGGGUGCUGACCCUAAUGCCUGUGACAACCUCACAAAGGGAAGCUGCCCCCUGGAGGCUGGGGAGGAGAGCCACUACAAAGCCUCAGCUCCUGUCCUUAAGUCAUACCCACCCGUGAGUGUUAUUGUUACCUGGAAGCUGGUCGCUGAUUCCGGGAAGACUACCAUCUGCUUCAUUGUUCCUGCGACUGUUGUUUAACAGCACUCCUGCCUCUCUAUACAUUACUCUACCUGUCUGACACAACUGCAAAUAAAUAAAUACUGUACAAA